CCUGUUAAAAUGUAAUGUAGUAAAACCACCAGAAGGUGGCAGUAAUGAUCUGAAAGGUGUUUCCUGAUGCUGCUCUGAAAAAGUCUGAUGUUGUGAGAUUAGCUGCUCACAAACAAAAAGGCGAACAUGAUGAAAUCCAGAACGACCGAGCGCAGCAGGAACAAGCUGCGGAAAGCUCAAUCCUGAAAAGCUCACCUGACUGAUUAGUGUGGAGGUGUUUAAGGAGGAGCCGAUCAGUUCAAGUCUGUGCGUUUCAGGAGCAUUCGCUGUUUGAGGAACAUCAUCCACUGGAACCUGAUCUCCGCCUUCAUCCUGAGGAACGCCACCUGGUUCAUCGUCCAGCUAACAAUGAAUCCCGCUGUUACCGAGAGAAACCAGGUGUGGUGCAGGCUGGUGACGGCAGGUUAUAACUACUUCCAUGUGACCAACUUCUUCUGGAUGUUUGGUGAAGGCUGUUACCUCCACACUGCCGUCGUUCUCACCUACUCAACCGAUAAACUCAGGAAGUGGAUGUUCAUCUGCAUCGGGUGGGGUAUUCCAUUCCCCAUCAUCGUGGCGUGGGCUUUCGGGAAGCUGUACUACGACAAUGAGAAGUGCUGGUUUGGAAAGAGGGCGGGAGUUUAUACAGACUACAUUUACCAAGGCCCCAUGAUCCUGGUCCUGCUGAUUAACUUCGUCUUCCUGUUCAACAUCGUCCGGAUCCUGAUGACCAAACUCAGGGCAUCAACAACCUCAGAAACCAUUCAAUACAGGUAGAAACACACCUGUAAAAGGUGAGCUGGGUUUGUGAUUGAUUGAUCAGAAAUAAAUCAUUGGUUUGCUCUUACAGACAGAUGAGAGCAGGUGUGAUGUACAGGUGAUAGUUAGCUGUCGCCUCACCUUUGCAUGUCUCUUUGGAGGUCAUCUUCACCUUUGCCCUCUCGCUGCAUUAGCCUGUUUGCUGAAGGAAGGCCUGUGUGGGUUAAUGUG